AUGUCUACCACACAAACUCCUCAGGCAGCACGGCGUGCCUCAGCCGCCCUGCCUCUUGAUAUGGCCCAGAUUUCUCGACCAACAACACGGGAAUUCGUGACAAAUCCAGUUCAAGACGAUGGCUCACAAGCAGUCCGCCCUCGCAGCCGUCGCGUGACGAGCUAUCAUCAUCCUUUCCAGACUCGAUGCUUACCUUGCAACGACUCUGCACCAUCAUAUGCAACAGCCACUCGCACUUCGAAGUUCCCACCCGCCCCUCGAUUCUUCGACAAUGGAAAGGAGGUCCUGCCGAAAUACACUUGCACUGUGUCAAGAGAGGGUCCUAUGCAAAUGCGCAUUGAGAAGAUCUCGCCUUUCCAAUAUCUUCAAAAGCAAGACUUUCGCACUGUUUACGUUGUUCUCAACGGCACUCAAUUGAGCGUUCACAAGAUCAAGACUGUUCAGCUUGCCGGCCAUUCCCUGCCCACCGCCGGAAGGCUGAUCAAGCGAUACUCGCUCCAGCACGCUGAAAUUGGCUUGGCCACGGAUAUUCAGUACAACCAACUGAUGCCCGCGACCCGGCUCGCACACUUUAUUCCUACCGCUGCCCGUCGCAAGGCUUUCGAGAAGGACCCCGACCUUUUCACACCCAUCUCACAGGUCGUGCUUCGCCUGCGUCUUGAGACUGACCAGUUCCUCUUGGCAGACCACUCAGAGGAACGCAUCUUCAGAUGGAUCCAUGAUCUUUCUGCCAGCAUCGAUAUCUCGUUGCCAUUGGAUGAACGUUCUGCGCCGAAACCGUGCACUAUUCCUAGACGCCGUCGCAGACAGAGACAGGAAACGGAGAACAUUGAAGAUCAAAAUGUUAUCGAAGAGCAAGAGCGCAUCAUGCGCGAGAUGUAUCCCUCCUUGGCACGAUCGAUUGAGAGAGGCACAGAAGGAGCAGACCUCACACGCACGGAAACUACGUACGACACCAACGCUCUGACGCUCACUGCCACUAUGGAUCAGGAGGCCGAGGACAUUGAUCUUUCGUUCCUGGCAGAAGAUCUUGGCCAAGAACAACCCUCGACUACUCGACCUGCCAACAUUCGCCAAACAACUUCUUCUACCGUUUCUACGACAGCAUCUUCGUUCCAGUACGAAACCAGCCCUGACAACUUGGGCCCCGGAGGAAAGUGGAAUCCACCACAUGCUCGUACGAAUGCUUCACAGUGGCGAUACAUCAAGCGAUGCAUGCCCACACUGCUCUUCGAUGCUCCGCGCGCCACCGACAUUAUUAUAUGCCAUGGUCGUCGCUUGAGAGUCAACACCAAGAUGGACAUGCUUGAGGAAUGGGAACUGAACCCACCUUCUUAUGAUAUCCACGAAUUCCCCGAAGGCCUGGAUCGUUCUAUUACCAUGGCAUCUUCUCUCGCAACCACAUCUUCUACCCUUACAGCAUCGAGCAUCGACACCCAGGAUGGAAAGGCCGCUGCUCUUACCCACCAGAUUCCUGAAGGCGACCUGAAGAGAAGCUCACAUGUCCCCAUGCCCACUCGCAACAAGAUUCCAGAGCGUACCUUGAUGGAAGAGGGCAUCGUCGUGGUCGCUUUCUAG